UAAUUAGUACUUAGAUUGGGCUUCGGGUGAAAUUUGCCCGGCGCGUAUGCGGCCUUCUCCAGCAAGACUGCAAGCAGCAGCAAUCAGCAGAUAUUCGCUUGCAUCUCAGCGAAGAAGAAACUGUUGUAGUACUCUUCUCUCUCUCUCACACACACAGAGCAAAUCAGAUGCGUAAGAGGGCGAACAAUUAUUACUCAUUAACAUGCAAAAAGCUAGCAUUUUUCACAGUCUUGGCUGUGGUGAUCCAAAUUAUUGGCCUCUCCCUUUUCAUCCUGGGAUUCUUCCCUGUGAAGCCUACUCUCUCUGGCAUGAGGUUCUUGUUUGUUUUAGUGGGUUGGAGAGUUUUUACCCGCUGGGCUUUGAUUCGACUGAUUUGGCUCAGAAUACUUCAGCCUUGCCUCCUGAAAAGCUCAAAUCCUUAUACCAGGAACUCUCAGGUGUUCCUCCUUUAUUUGAUAGAUUAAUAUUGAUGGUUAUUGAUGGUCUGCCAGCUGAAUUUGUGAUUGGAAAGGAUGGGAAGCCUCCACCUGAGGUUUUAAAGAAAGCUAUGCCUUAUACACAGUCGAUAUUGGCUAAAGGACUGGCAGUUGGGUAUCAUGCUAAGGCUGCACCCCCGACUGUUACAAUGCCUCGAUUGAAGGCCAUGGUUUCUGGAGCUCUUGGGGGAUUCUUGGAUGUUGCUACUAAUUUCAACACACAAGCCUUUUUGGAUGAUAACCUGAUUGCUCAGUUUCUCAGAAUUGGUUGGAAAAUGGUGAUGCUUGGUGAUGAAACAUGGCUUAAGUUGUUUCCAGACAUGUUUGCUAGGCAUGACGGAGUUAACAGCUUUUUUGUUAAAGAUACCAUUCAAGUGGAUUACAACGUUUCUCGACAUUUAACAACUGAGCUUAGCAGUACUGACUGGGACCUUCUGAUUCUUCAUUAUCUUGGACUGGACCAUGUUGGACAUAUUGGAGGGCGCAGCAGUAACUUGAUGGGCCCCAAACUCAUGGAGAUGGAUGAAGUGAUUAAAAGAAUUCAUUCAAGUAUUAUGCAAACUCAAGAAACUAAACAAAAAAGGACACUUUUGAUGGUAGUAAGUGAUCAUGGCAUGACUGAAGGUGGUAAUCAUGGGGGGUCGUCAUAUGAGGAAACAGAUUCUUUGGCCCUUUUUGUUAGUGGACAAAAAUUUAGUGAUUCAGAAAGCAGAAAAGAAGUUUACCAGGUUGACAUGGCUUCAACACUGGCUCUCCUUUUUGGUGUGCCGAUUCCCAAAAACAAUAUUGGAACUGUGAUCAGAGAUGUUUUCACAUCUCUCAAAGAUGAACAACAGCUAAGGAUACUUGAGCUGAAUUCAUGGCAAUUGCUAAGGCUACUUCAGACCCACUUGAACGAAUUGGGAUGUGGAAGAUUCUCAUGCAAGUCUGAAAGAGGCCAAAAUUAUGGUCCAGAAAGGUUAUGUUGCUCAUAUUUAGAUGCCACUGCACUUCACGAAUCCUGGAAGUCGAAAAGAUUGUUGAGAUCUGUUCAUGGAGAUGACUACAGGAGUGCAGUCUUGGGAUACCUUGAGUUCCUUGGAACUACAAGCAAGUGGUUAUCAAGUAGAUCAACUGAUAAACCUAUUGGUUUGCUCGUGUCAGGAGUAGCAGCAUUGCUUCUAUCUUGUUUGGGACUGAUGACCCUCACUUUCCUCUUUACCCGAGAGGUUAACUUCAAGGGAAGUCGAGACAUUUCUCAUACUGAUAACAAUAUCUGGAAGUGGCAUUUGGAGGAGAAUUUUGUUCUUGCUGUAAUAUUUAUCCUCAUUUUAAGUAUGGGUUCGAGUUCUAUGAUUGAAGAAGAACAAUACAUUUGGCAUUAUAUGACCUCUUCAUUGUAUUUGAUAUUACUCAGGAAAACAAUACAGUCCAUGAAAAAUGGCUGUACACUCACUCUAACUGCGGAACAAAGGAAGAUAAGAUUCCAUCACAUAUAUUAUAUUGUUGCAGUUCUCGUAUCUGGUAGGAUUCUCAGAGGCUGGCAUCAAGGUGGUGUCAACUGGUCUUACCUACCUGACAUUGCAAAACUGCUUGAGCAGGCUGGAACAGCUCAUAUAAAGUCCUUGCAGCUCUUAUCCAUGUUCCUGGUUAUCACCAUAUGUCUAGCUGUUCUUCUGUCGUUGGGGCUGAGAACACGUGUAUCCAUGUUGUUGGUGCUGGUUUACUUAUUCCCUGUGCUGUUAAUUUUGAAACAGAUUCUGAGACUCCAAGAUAGCACAUUUGGAUCAUUGAGUGUCAGGUCUACUACAAUGAUACAAAUAAUUUAUGCAUUUCUUGGAACUUCCUCUGCGGGGAUCCUUCUUGGCACACCGUGGUUGAUGCCUCUCCAAAAUCCUAAAACAUUAUCCAGUGAGGUUUCACAUGAAAGCCCAAGUAAACUUCCGUUCGACGGGUUCAAAGAUUCUUUAUGUGUAAUUGGGUGGGGUUACAUGUUUUCUUGGUGUCUUCUACAAAUGCUGCUGCAACAGCCCAUAAAUUCAGUGCCCGUAUCUCUACUCCUUUUGCAAGUUGUGGCUAGCAUUCAUUAUUUUUCUGGUGGCAAUCUACGUCAUAAGCAAUGGGUUGAGGUUGCUGCACUAUACUAUGUUGGAAUGGCUGGCCACUUUGGUCUUGGUAAUACCAACACACUUGCUACGGUCGAUGUUGCUGGGGCCUUCAUUGGCAUUUCAAGCCACUCAACUAUUAUUUCCGGUAUUUUGAUGUUCAUUAUAACGUACGCUUCCCCAAUGUUAGCUCUUCUUAGCACAUUGAUGAGCGUCUGUGCAAACGAUGUAAGAACAGUUUCCAAUUCCCAGGAUGUUGAUUUUGGAUAUCUUCUGAAGACGACCGUCGGCUAUCCUUGUCUCGUUCCACUUGGACUGAAUUCCAUUCUUCUCCUUGCAUACACAAUCGUAUUGCUGGGAAUGAGGAACCAUUUAUUUAUCUGGAGCGUCUUCUCUCCUAAGUUUCUGUAUGUUUGUGCUACAACCGUUUGCGUCUACGUUGGUGUAUCCAUCGUGGCUUUAACUGCAACAUAUACGUGCAUCGUCUUUGCCACACGGAGCACAUUGAAGGGCUCUUGCAGGGAUCGUUUGACAGAACGAUAGAUGUACCAUAAAUCCUGCUUCUGAUUUUGUUUACAUAUCUAGAUCAGAAUGUAUAGGUCUCUGGCUAUUAUUGUGGGAGAUGACUUAGAGCUUACAUUCUCUACUUAAGCAGAAAAUUCAUGUUGAAUUGAUAAAUCAUUUGGGGUGCCUUCCUUUUAAUUUUUAUUUUUUUCUUCUCUGCAGUGAAAAA